AUGAAUCGCACAGCUGACCCCAGGUCUAUAAAUCCCAAACAGAUGUUCUGGGAGUCUGCAGAACAGGUUAUUAAUACAGCCAAGUUCCACCCCAAGGCCACCAUUGUUACCAUGCCAACAGCUGGCUUCAUGACCAGACACGGUUACAGCAAAGUGCUGCUGUACUAUGAUCCAGAUCAGCGAGGGCAAUAUGAGAAUCUACCAGUUCAGUAA